AUGGCAAACACAAGCUUUGAUCUCGUUCAAAAAUUAAAUGUUGCUACAUUCUGGAUUAAUCAAAUUUAUCCACUUCUUCAAAUUAUUUUCGGAACAUUUGGAAAUGUGUUCAAUAUUAUUAUAUUUACUCGUCGUUCAUUGCGUACUAAUCCAUGUUCAUUAUAUUUUAUAUUUGGUUCAAUUAACAAUUGUUUUGCAGUUGAUAUAGCUUUACUUGCACGUUAUCUUGCAAGUACUUGGAAUUGGGAUCCAUCAGCUACGAAUAAUGUCUUAUGUAAACUACGAAACUUUUUCACUUACGUUUCUCUUACUCUAUCUUUAUGGUUUACUGUUCUCGCCAGUAUCGAUCGAUAUCUUUCAAGUUCAAAAAAUGCUCGACUUCGCCAAAUGAGUAAUUUAGCAACAGCUCGAAAGAAUAUUAUAAUUACUACAAUACUCAUUUGUUUAUUCUAUUCACAUAUACUUAUUUACUUUAAAACGGGCCCAAGCGGCACUGAGAUCAGUUGUAUUUUAUCUCCAUAUGAAUAUGUUAUAUUUUUAAGUUUCUUUGGACCUAUUAUUUCUUGUAUUUUACCGAUUUUAUUAAUGAGUACUUUUGGUAUUUUAAUGAUUCUCAAUGUUCGUAAUACUCACAAUAGAGUUGGCAUACAUCUUAAUAGUACACGAUAUUCACGUUUACGUUCACAUGAUCGUCAAUUGACUAUAAUGGUUUUAUUUCAAGUACUCAUUACUACUUUAAUCUCAGUACCCUAUUUUGUUCUUGCUAUAUAUAAUGCAAUUGCCAUAGUUAUAUUUCGAAACAAACUGUCAGUAUCUCAAUUGGUUAUUUACAAUUUUGGAUAUAAUCUAUUUCGAUUACUUUAUUAUACCAAUCCUGUUAUUGCUUUCUAUAUUUAUACUAUAUCUGGUACCAAAUUUCGUGUUGAAAUGAAACUUUGUAUUCAAAAUGGAUUUAAAUCUAUUUUAAAAGCAAUUAGUCAAAUCUAA